CAAUGGUGCAAGACUAAUAACUUUGAGUCAAUGUUGCCUCAAGAUAUCAAAGAACAAAAAACAGCAGUGGCUAUUGCAAAUGUGCAGCAAACAAGUCUCAACAGCCAUCUGCAAGAAAAUCCUUCUGUUGACAUUGUUGUCCCGUACAUGAACACAGUCUCUCGCAAAGCCACUAUUGAGUGGCUAAUUUCCACUAGCCAGCUGAUUCAAGCAAUUGACCACCUGAGCUUCCAGAAGAUGAUUGCUGUAGCAGCUCAUGCUAUGAGUGGUGUUGUUCUGCCAAAUUGUAACACUACACACUGCAAAAUCAUGAAUUUAUUCAAGAAACAGAUGAUGAAGUUAAAAGAACACCUGUUAAGGUCACGUGCUCAAGGGGGUUGGAUCACAAGGGCUUGGCCUCAGUUCAUAUGCUGUGCCCCUUUCCCAAGUAUGUGCCCUUAA